CCUGUUCCUGUGUUUAUCCGACGUCAUCGCCGGUCCCCUAGACGCUGCUGCGCGGCCAGUAAUCGAAACUUAAACCAGCCGCUUGAGCAGAAAUCAAAAGUAACUCACACGAACAAAACGCCGGGCAGACGGAGGAGCAGCUCGCAGAGAGAGGAUCUAACCGGAGACCUCAGCUCGACCUCAGCUGGACCUCAGCUGGACUUUUAACAUCCGCGGAUUUGGGUUUUUAGCUCCUGGGACGGUUUAGUGUUUUCAGCGAUGGCGACUAAUUACGUUGGGUCGCUUAACGAGUACGCGCAGAAGAAUAACCUGACUGUGAGCUUUGAGGUGGUGGACACACAGGGACCAGAUCACAUUAAGACGUUCACUAUAAGGGCAGUGGUGAACGGAAAGACCUUUUCCAAUGGUGUUGGAGGAAACAAGAAAGAAGCUAAACAAAAUGCUGCAAAAAAUGCCCUUAGUUUGUUGGAAAGGACGGAACCUGCUAAUUCAGAAACAAAUGACUGCUCAUCCGACAGUUUCCCACAGUUGACUCAAGCCAACUAUACCUGCUGGCUCAAUGAAUAUGCUCAAAAGAACCGAUUAAUUUUUAAGCUCACUGAGACACCCAGAAUGGACUUCAACACCCAAUUUUGCUUCUAUGCUUGCAAGUAUAUUUCUGAUGAUAAAGAAUUUCCUGAAGCUGUUUGCAAAGGAAAAAAGGAUGCCAAGGAAGCAGCGGCAAAAAAUGUUUAUGAAGAACUUUUUAAAGAGAGCAAAAUUAUAGUCCCUGAUGAAAACAGAAAUGUGGCACAAAAUGCAAAUAUGCCACUUCUCAGCUCUCCCCUGAGCAGCCAGUCUGUUUCUGAGACUGAAAGUGCUACAGGAAGGAAGAAUUUCAUAGGCAUGCUCAACCAUUACUGCCAAAAAACAAACCAAGUAUUGGACAACAAAUUAGUGGCUAUAAGAGGUCCUUCACACAAUCCUGAAUUCGUGUACAAGGCUGUUAUAAACAAAACAGAAUACCCUGAAGGACAAGGGAAGACUGCAAAAGAGGCCAAACAGAAUGCAGCCCAGCUAGCUUUGAAUGUGCUUCGUGAACAGUCUGAUUGGAACAGUCAGAGUUCAUUUAUGUCGUCUGUCUCUGAAGAUGAGUCCCAGUCACAAAUCUCUGUGAAUGAGUCUAAAGAUGAUGAAAGUUCAGUAAAGGCUGAAAGUCAGAGUACAAGUUAUAUUGUCUUCAAAAACUCAUCUGUUCCUAUGACAAACAUCAAUAGCCCUGGACCUAAACCAAGCCCCUCAGAUGUUAAGCCAAAAAUAAAAUUGGCGGCGAAUUUCCAAGGUUCACCGAUCAGAAAUGAAGAGGAAGCACCCAGGACAAAUAACCCCAGCGUGAUACAACCUUCAACAAAGGGAGCUACAGCCUCAUCUGUAAAAUCAAGGUUUUUAGAAGAUUUCGAGUCAAUAAGCUCAAUUGGCACAGGAGGCUUUGGUUGUGUUUUCAAGGCCAGAAAAAAACUUGAGAAAAAGUAUUAUGCUGUGAAGAUCGUGAAGCGGACAAGUAAAUCUGUCCGAGAGGUGGAAGCUUUGGCAGAUCUUUCACACUCUAACAUAGUGCGUUACUUCACAUCAUGGACUGAGGAGACUGCUUACAGAUCUGAGUCCUCAGACAGCUUCAGCAUCUCAAAUUCUAGCAGUGGUUCAGCAUCAGAGUACCUCUACAUUCAGAUGGAAUUUUGUGAGGAGAAAACUCUGUAUGAGUGGAUUGAUGAAAGAAACUCUCACGCUGAAAAACAGCUAGAACGAAGGCAAGACGCAUUACAGAUCAUGAAGCAGGCCCUGGAGGCAGUGAAAUAUAUCCAUUCCAAGUCCAUCAUUCACAGGGACCUGAAGCCGAAAAACAUAAUGUUUGCCAAGGAUCAAGCAGUGAAGGUUGGAGACUUUGGUCUCGCUACAGCAGCAGAGGGAGACGAUGAUGGAGGUCGACUGGAACGGACAAAGCGUACAGGAACCUAUAAUUACAUGAGCCCAGAGCAGAGAAGUCACUGCUCAUAUGACAAAAAGGUGGAUAUUUUUGCUCUGGGCCUUAUUUACUUUGAGCUGCUUUGGUAUCUUGGAACAAAGAAUGAAAAAGAAAAGAUCUGGGAUGAUAUAAGAAGUAAGAAGCUUCCAAAAGGGUUCGGUGAGAAGUUUGAAUUUGAGCACAAGCUAAUCAAACAAAUGCUGUGUGACAAACCCGGCGACCGACCAGAUGCCAGUGAGCUGCUCACAAAGCUGGACCGGAGCUCAGCAGUCAUUCAGCGGGAUCGCAGUGAGAACAGAGAAAACCGGACAUACUGAUGCCGCACAUAAUCCUGUCAACACCGUGACCAGUGUUGCAGUUCAGUCAUGUUGAAAAGCCACAUGUAAUUUCAGACACUUUAAUGUAUUUAAUAUAUCAAAUACAUGUGUAAGGAAGUACUAUUUAAGCAGUCCUUUAAGAAAAUAAGUAACACUGGGAACCAUCUGACACAUCUUAGGUUAUUAUUUGACAGAUUAUUAAUUAUGUAAUUUUUAAAAAAGAUUAAGAAUCUUGUAGCAUUUCUGUGGUGGUGUUCUGUGAUGAUCAUUUCCCGUUCGUGUUGCUGGUUCAAUUCCCUGGGCUGACAUGACAUGAUCUGAAGUGCCCUUGAGGAAGGCGAUUUCCCAAGCACUGUGGAUAGAUCUGCCCACUGCUCUGGGCAAGUGUGCUUACUGCCCCCUAGUGUGUGUGCCUUCACUAGUGUGUAUAUGGGUGUUUCACUGCACAGAUGGGUUAAAUGUGGAGGUGUAUUUCCCUGUUCUGGGAUCAAUAAAGGGUAAUUUGUUAUUAUUAAGCUUAUAUAAGAUUGGAGUAAUGUUGAUAAUCAGGUUGAGAUGGUUUGGACAUGUGUUGAGGAGGAAUAGUGGAUAUAUUGGUCAAAGAAUGUUGGAGAUGGAGCUGCCGGGCAGAAGGAGAAGAGGUAGACCUCAGAGAAGGUUUAUGGAU